CCCUCAGAGCAGUAACAACAAUGGCGUCCAAAGCAGGUCGUCGAGGGACGAAGCGCAAAGCGGAAGUUCAAGCAGAUGAGAAGCAGCUGUCCGUGGAGGAGAAGAAGGACCGAGGAGAGGAAGAGAGCGGCCUGCAGGGCCAAAGGGUGCUCAUUGAACACUGUAAAAGCUGACGAGUGUAUGGGCGUAAUGCUGAGGAGGUGAAAUCUGCCCUCUUGGCUGCCUGCCCUGACCUGACUGUGGUCCUCAACCCUGAGAAACCCCGAAGGAACAGCUUUGAGGUCACUCUGCUGGAUGGAGGCAAAGAAACAUCUCUGUGGACUGGAAUAAAGAAGGGUCCACCUCGUAAACUGAAGUUUCCUCAACCCGAUGUUGUUGUUGCUGCUCUGAAGGAGGCUCUGAAGGCUGAAUAGAUGUCCAGUGAAGCCGUGCAUUCAGGAGAUGUGGCUGGUGGAAGCAAAAUGAAGAGGAGUGACCAAAGAGAUGUUCUCAGUCCCUCCUCUGAUGAGCCAGGCUCCAACUGCUGUCAUCUGCUGGAUACAUAGUGACACCUAGUGGAACGUCUAUGAUCCGAUACAUUUAUCAGAUGCACCGUCCAGCUUGUUUUCUUUAGUGUGUUCUCUCUCAGUUCCUUAAGGUUUAAUGUAUAUUUCUAUCUGUUUUUGAUAAAUAAAGUUUAUUGUAGCUAUUAA